UUUGAAGUAGCAUAUAUGGUACACAAUUUUCUGAAGCUAUAAAGAUUGUAGCAUUGGCGACACUGCUGGCAGCGCUAUAACAUCUAGGUUAUGUACUGAGAAAUUGACGCAUCGUAUAAUUUUAUAAAUAUUAACAAUGGCUGUUAAAGAAAAACAAAUAGACACUAUUGAUGAAAUAGAAUGGAAUGUUGAAAAUGAAAUUCAAUUAUUCUUUGCUAUGAAUGGACAUAAACCUGUUGGUAUUAAUAAAUACUUUCAUAUGGUUUGCGUAUGGGAAAAAUUUCGUGCUGCCAUUCACAAAGAUGUGUCAUUAAAAACGAUUUGGGAACACUUAGAAUCAAUGUAUGAUCUAAUGGCUCUGGAUGAUAUGGAGGAUUUACCAUUUCCUAGUCAAGAGGUAGAUUUUUCUUUACCAGAGCAAGAGUUCUUAGGAUCGCUUAAAUGUCGAAAAAGAGAGGAGCCAGAAUUAAAACUAAAGGAACAGAGAGAAAAAUUUAAGGAAUUUAAAAAAGAGAAAGAUAUUAAAGACCCUAUGAAAAAAGACACUGUCCUUCGUGAUCUUAAAGGAAGUAAAGAUAUUGAUAAAAAAAAAGAAGAAUUUAAAAAAUAUGUCAAGGACAUAGAAUUAAAAAAAGAUAAGCUUAGAGAAAUUAAAGAUGUUAGGAAAGACUACAAAUCUUCUAAAGGACGAUCAAAAGGAAAAGAUGAUUUCGAAGAAGCAGCAUUUAAUGGUAAAAAGGAACGUAAAGAUUCUGAUUCUGGCCGUGAAAGUUUAAAAAGAGGCCCAAAACGACCAACUAGACAAAGUAUGGAUAGCACAUCUAAAGCAUCUUCCAGUCCACGAGAUACACCUCCACCAAAACGAAGAAGAAUAUAACAAUUUGCUUGAAACUGUUGCUUGUAUUUCAUAUUGUACAUUGUUUACAUUUUCCUGUAUGGACAAAAUGUGAAUCGUGUAUUUUUUUAUAAACUACACAAAGACAUAUAUAUGAAAGACAAAAUUCAAUUUUAUAGAAAAUUUUACAUUCAAUUGCUGUAAAUAUAACAUUCUAACAGAGAAGAAAACAGUACUAAAUGUAUAAGAAUUGUAUAUAUGUUUUUUCAUAAAGAAAAUGAACAUGUAAA